AUGAGGAUUUAUUGAGCAUUAUCUGGACUGUUGACCCCAAGGUGGAUCUGGAAAUAGUUGUGGAUACGUCGCAACAACCUUUCUCUUCGUAUACUUUCCCCAAGAUGAAAGUUCUUUUCAGUUUGAAGGCUGAUAGCUAUGAUCAAUUACCAUGUAUUGAGAUUGGAAGUUCGGCAACUCCAGAAGAGAUUAGGAACAGUACAGUGUGAUUGAGGAUUUUUUAAGAAUGCACAAGGCAUCCCCACCCAUCACUAGCGCGAAUGAGGCCACCCGCUGUGAAUUUAUUUCUGCGAUUAUAUAUGGUGUGGCGUCCAUCUUCGAUGGUACUGUAAAAGUUUAUCCCCAGUAUGAAGUUUCUGGAAGUCAUGGAAAGGGGCCCAUAGAUUGGGUGAUCAAAAUGGGAGACGUAAUUAUUUCUGUAACUGAAGCAAAACGAGAAGAUAUUAACCAAGGCGUUGCCCAAAGCAGUGUCCAAGCACAUGCAUCUCUGCAAUGCAAUCGUAAAAAACGUACUUAUGAUGAUGCUGAUUUGUAUGAAGGUGCAAUGUACUGCAUUGUCUCAACGGGUAUGAUUGUAAAACAAAUUCGAAAAAAUAUGACCUGAAUUAUUACUUGAUCAAAAUCAAUGCGAUUAUUACUAAUUCUUUUAUUUGAUAUCCAAUUUCAGGUGUUGACUGGGUAAUAACAAAAGUUCAAAGUGGUAUUGGAGAUGGGAAUCCGGUCGAAGUUUUUUUGUGUUCGCUUAUCCCGCGAUGACCUAGUUGGACCUAUCGAGAAAUUAUUUGGGCAAAUUAAGUGGUUUUUGAUCAGCAAAAAUCAUCAUUGGUCGAUGGAAAGCGGGUAAAAACAGAAUAAUAGGAUGGAGUGUUAGCAUAGACGUCAUGUAUCACGGGCUAAGUCCCGAUCUUGUAUUUAUUUUUCGCAUGUAAUAAUAAAAAAUU